AAGAGUAUAAUCUGACCGACGCCUACGCGGUACUACUAGAAUACUCGCUCUCUCUUCCUCUUUCCUCUUCAAAUUCCCAACCUUUUCAUCUCUCCCUCACGCGUAGGCGCAGACAUCUCUGAGUCCCCGAAUUGUCUUCGCCCCGCAGAUCACAAUGUCAACCCUUUACAGAGGCAUGACCAGGCCAGAUAAACCUAGAGGACGCCAUCACGGGUUGACUCAACAGAAAAGGCAGGAGAUAAAGGAAGCUUUCGAACUGUUUGAUACUGAUGGAUCUGGAACUAUUGAUGCCAAAGAGUUGAAUGUUGCAAUGAGGGCUCUUGGUUUUGAAAUGUCGGAGGAGGAAAUUACUCGAAUGAUAGCUGAAGUAGACAAAGAUGGCAGUGGGGCAAUUGACUUUGAUGAAUUUUGUCACAUGAUGACAGCCAAAUUUGGAGAAAGGGACACAGAGGAGGAGCUAAUGAAGGCUUUUAACAUUAUUGACCAAGAUAAAAAUGGGAAGAUUUCUGCUGCAGAUAUCCAGCGCAUAGCAAGAGAGUUGGGUGAAAACUUCACUGAGAAAGAGAUACAGGAUAUGAUCGACGAAGCAGAUCGAGACCGCGAUGGUGAAGUAAAUGCUGAUGAAUUCAAGAGGAUGAUGAGGAGAACCGCAUACGGAUGCUAGAGCGACAGUAAAAUUGUUCACAAGUGCUGAACGCCUCUCCUCUGCAGAUUAGGUUGUUGGUGUUCCAUUUUAUUGUAAAAUAUGUUUAUGAAUCUUAAUCAAGAUGGUGAGGUGAUUUGAGUUCCGAAGUUCAGUGACAAUAAACAACCCCAUAGUUGAUUGGCUGCUUGUAAAUUAUCCAUCUUGGGAACUUGCUGGUUAAAAAUGUUUUUCAGUCUGAGCUACCUUUAA